AUGAUCGAGUUUGGAAGUGCCUUGCGGCUCGCCGCUUGUAAGGCAUGGAAAGAAAUGGCGCGAAUGGGAAAUUGUAAAGAUCAGAAGGGUUGGCGUCAAGAUUGCCUUGUUGGUUGGUGGUGGAGUGAAGGGGGCAGGAAGGAGAAUAGCAAGGAACGAAGAAAACUACGAAUUGUCUGCGUGUUGACUAGUCAUAGGUACUUUUCUGUCUUCAUGGGAAGGGGGGAUGACUCUAUGCAGGAAAUAGCAGAUGUUGAGUUUGCUGAAAUGGUGGAAUGGCAGGGUUGUAGCUUGGCUGUAGAAACCACUUCGGUGUUUGGAUGGAAAACGGGCACCAUGGGCGUUAUCGUCUUGGCACGCCAGCCUCAACAAGGUUGUGCGAUAACAUUUGAGGCCUGUUGCCGUGUGUAUUGUCACCACAGCAUGAAAAAGGCCCCCAAUAACAUUGCGCUGUCCAGCGCAUUAUGGCCCCAGUUGAAGCCGAAUGCCGUUGUAUGUACCUGGAUUAUUUGUAAACGCCUUGAAUUGCCAAGGGAUGACGCCAGAGCCAUUUCGUCACGCCUGACGUCGAACUCCCAACUCAGCCAUCCCCUCCUUCCCGCCCAUGCUCAUGUCGAUGACACAUCACAGUCCGUGCAUGGAGAGGGGAUCAGAUGGAAGCCUGAUCUUGCACCACAAUGCUGA